AUGCAGCCCCGGGACCAUGAAACUGCCCAUAAACAGUCAGGAAACCCGCUCCCGCCUUCGCCCUCCAGCACGUCGCUGCCCAGUGCCGGGGCCAGGACCCGGGCAGGCGGGAAGAGCUGCAGCAGCUCCAGCUCGGUCCUGGGGAGGAAGUGGGGUCAGGGCAUCGUAGUGGCUGCCAAGAGCCCGUGGCCACCGUGGCACACGCUGCAUGUCCUUCGCACCCUCUGCGUCACUGGAGGUGUCCCCAGGGAUGUCCCCAUCCCUAUGGAGAUGUUGGGCUCUGGUUGCUCCCCGGGGCUGGAGCGGGCUCCCGUGGCCCCGCUCCCAGUGUGUGCAACAGGGCUGGGGGUGCCUGGAGCGAUUUCGGGGAAAGGGUGGGUUUUGUUUGUUCUUAACCUUCCUAUUUGGAAGAAGAAAGGCUUUCAGCUGCCAGCGGGAUGAAGUGGCCGGACACAGUCAGGGAUGUGUUUCCUCAGGCCAGGAGCAAAGCUGGGGUCACCAUGUGCCUGCAGCCAUGGUCAAAACCGCCCACCACAGCUGCUGGGGGCUGGUGGGGCGGCCCCCGGUGCUGAUGGCACCGUUUCUUGUCCUUCCAGCACGGGGAGCAGCGACCCGUAUUGCAUCGUGAAGGUCGAUGAUGAGGCCAUCAUCAGGACGGCCACGGUGUGGAAGACGCUGUCCCCAUUCUGGGGGGAAGAAUAUGAGGUGUGCCUCCAGCCCACCUUUCACAGCGUCUCCAUCUAUGUCAUGGAUGAGGACGCGCUCAGCCGCGAUGACGUUAUUGGGAAGGUCUGCAUCACCCGGGACAUGCUGGCGGAGCACCCCAAGGGUAGGGGGACAGGUGGCCGGGAGGGUCCCAGUGGGCACCCAUCUCCCACCCCUGUGAUGAGCCUGGAUUUGGCCAGGAAGGACCGGAACGGUGCCUCCGACCCCUUUGUCCGCUUGCGCUACAAUGGGAAGGUGCAGGAGAGCACGGUGGUCAAGAAAUCCUGCUACCCACGCUGGAAUGAGACCUUUGAGUUUGAGCUGGCCGAGCCCACCGAGGAGAAGCUGUGUGUGGAGGUGUGGGACUGGGACCUCGUCGGCAGGAAUGACUUCCUGGGCAAGGCCCUGGGGAGCCAGGGCAGCCGGCAGCUGCGCUGCUCCGUGCUGGAGGCCAGGGAUUUGGCCAGGAAGGACCGGAACGGUGCCUCCGACCCCUUUGUCCGCUUGCGCUACAAUGGGAAGGUGCAGGAGAGCACGGUGGUCAAGAAAUCCUGCUACCCACGCUGGAAUGAGACCUUUGAGUUUGAGCUGGCCGAGCCCACCGAGGAGAAGCUGUGUGUGGAGGUGUGGGACUGGGACCUCGUCGGCAGGAAUGACUUCCUGGGCAAGGUGGUGUUCAGCGUCCAGGGGCUGGAGGCGGCCGGGCAGGAGGAGGGCUGGUUCAGGCUGUGGCCGGACAAGUCCAAGCCAAGGGAGGACGAGGCAGCCCCACCUGCCUGCCUGGGCUUUCCGGGGCUGUUGGGCCACCUCCGCUCGCUGCAGCUGCAGGUGAGGCUGCGGGACGAGACGGUGCUGCCCUCCCACUGCUACCAGCCCCUGGUCCAGCUCCUCUGCCAGGAGGUGAAGUCAGGGCGCCAGGAUGGCCAAGUGCACCUGGUCACCCUCCUGGAUGAAACCACCACAGCCGAGUGCCGGCAGGAGGUCGCCAUCAACUUGGUCAAACUCUUCCUGGGCCAAGGGUUGGCCAAGGAGUUCCUGGACCUGCUCUUCGAGCUGGAGCUGGCCAAGCCCUGUGAGCCCAACACUUUGUUUCGGAGCAACUCUCUGGCCUCGAAGUCCAUGGAGUCCUUCCUCAAGGUGACGGGGAUGCCAUACCUGCACGCCGUCCUGGGACCCACCAUCACCCGCGUGUUCGAGGAAAAGAAGUACGUGGAGCUGGACCCUGGCAAGGUGGAGAUAAAAGACGCUGGGUGCUCGGGGCUGCACCGGGUGCAGACGGAGGGCGAGGUGAUCGAGCAGGGCCGCCAGCACCUCCAGUCCUACCUGGGCGAGCUGCUGGGCGCCAUCGUCAAGUCGUUGUCGUCGUGUCCCCCCAUCAUCCGCGCCGCCUUCCGGCAGCUCUUCCGGCGCGUUGAGGAGCGCUUCCCUCAGCACCAGAACGCCAAGUUUGUGGCCAUCACCAGCUUCCUCUGCCUCCGCUUCUUCUCGCCGGCCAUCAUGACCCCCAAGCUCUUCCACCUCCGGGAGACGCACGCUGACGCACGCACCAGCCGCACACUGCUGCUCCUGGCCAAGGCUGUCCAGAUGGUGGGCAACAUGGAGCUGGUGGCCGGGCGGGCCAAGGAAGCCUGGCUGGCCCCACUACUGCCUGCCCUGCAGCAAGGCAUCGCCCAGAUGAAGGACUUCAUCGCCCGGAUGGUGGGGAUGGAGGAAGAGGAGGAGGAGGAAGAGGAAGGUGAGGGGUGGCCGCUGGGCCCCCCCACCAUGGUGGUGAAGGAGGGGGUGGUGGCGGGGGGGGUGGCGCUGACCCCCUGUGUCAUUUAUGUCCCUCCCCGGCAGCGUAGCGGUGCCAUCGCCCUGGCAGACAUCCUUGCUGCCGAGAAGAUGGAGAAGAAGAGCUUCGGGAGCUCCCACGUCAUGCAGGUGGUCUAUCUGGGCGCGGGCGGGCAGCAGGAGACAGCCUACCUCCAGUGCAAGUGCGUCAAUGAGUUGAACCAGUGGCUGUCGGCCCUGCGCAAGGUGUGCGGCAACAACCCCCGCGUGCUCCGUGCCUACCACCCCGGGGUCUUCCGGGGGGACAAGUGGAGCUGCUGUCACCAGAGGGAGAGGACAGGGCUGGGGUGCGACCGGACACGGCACGGCAUCACCCUGCAGGACUGGAGCGACCCCCUGGACCCCGCCGCCGAGGCACAGCGCCUGUUCCAACAUCUCCAGGGCCUCCGAGGGACCCUCAGGGAAAAGUACUGGGAGCUGCUGGAGACAGAGAAUGCCCAAAAUGGCCCCCGGGGGGAAGGGCCACCAGCGGUGGAACCACCGAUGGUUUUGCUCCUGUAA